UACAGGGGCAUUAUAACUCGCGCCCAUUUUAAAGCCCUAAACGGGAGCUCAAAAACCCUAAAAAAGAAAGAAAGAGCGAGAGUAGACGAUCAUCUUCUCUCCACAAGCUCGGUGGCCAUGUCAACCUCCGCCUCGUCCCCGCGUGGAGCUCGAGAUCCGAGAGUGGAUUAUUCCAAGCGACCUCUCCAUAACUUUUUCGUAUGGAGGGAAUUCGUGUGGGGAGCCAUCGCGGGGGCUUUUGGCGAAGGAAUGAUGCACCCAGUUGACACAUUGAAAACACGGUUGCAGAGCCAGGCCAUCAUUAGUGGAUAUCAGAAUCAAAAGAACAUACUGCAAAUGGUCCGAACGGUUUGGGCUGCUGAUGGACUUCAAGGGUUCUAUAGAGGAAUUACACCUGGGGUAACUGGAUCUCUUGCAACUGGAGCAACAUACUUUGGUGUGAUAGAAUCUACUAAACAAUGGAUAGAGGAAGUAAAUCCCAACCUUAGCGGUCAUUGGUCUCAUUUCAUUGCUGGAGCAAUUGGAGAUACACUUGGUUCCAUUGUGUACGUGCCAUGUGAAGUAAUAAAACAGCGCAUGCAGGUGCAAGGCACCAAAACAUCUUGGAGUUCUAUGUUAAUGAAAGAGAGUGUUGCUCAAAAGUCUGGACUGCAAAUUUAUGAUUACUAUACAGGAAUGUUUCAGGCAGGCCACUCCAUAUGGAAGCAACAUGGUUUGAAAGGAUUAUAUGCAGGAUAUUGGUCUACACUUGCAAGAGAUGUGCCCUUUGCUGGACUUAUGGUUACUUUUUAUGAAGCCUUGAAGGAUCUGACGAUAUAUGGAAGGCAGAGAUUGUUUCCUGGAAGUGACAUGACUGUUAAUAGUUCAUUUGAAGGACUUGUAUUAGGAGGCUUGGCUGGAGGAUUCAGUGCCUAUCUCACAACACCCUUGGAUGUAAUCAAAACAAGACUGCAAGUACAAGGAUCUGCUGCUAGGUACAAUGGUUGGUUACAUGCUUUAACAAGCAUUUGGAGGACUGAGGGCAUAAACGGUAUGUUCAAGGGCAGCAUUCCAAGAAUAAUGUGGUACAUUCCAGCAUCUGCUCUCACAUUUAUGGCAGUGGAGUUCCUCAGAGAUAAUUUAAAUGGGAAGCAUGAAUCUGAUAUCUGUGAGAUCACAAAUUUAUCAGUAGAGACAAGCUCAAAGAUUCAAAAACAAGUGUAGUGAGUUGAUAUUUGAAAUUCAAGGAAUCAGCCGAUGUUUUAACAGGCAAGGUCAUCUACUAUAGUAUCAAAGCUGAAUUUUCUCUUAUCAGCUAAACAAUAGAAGGUUGAUAGGGGAUUACUUGCAAACUUGGCAUUCCCAUACAUAUUAUACUGAUAAUAGAAAAAAGUAUAUCAUUUACUAGAUUCCUAAUUUCUUGUAUUUUGAGGGAACUCCCUGGUGAGGUGUUGUAUGUUCUACAUGUUUUGCUUAGAAAAUCAGAUAUUAUUUCUUAUUAAUAAGAACUUGAUGAUGUUUUGAAA